CUACGUUUCCUGUUCCCUUACAUCAAUUGAGUCAAUUGUUUACAAUUAUUCCAGUGGUUAGUUAGUCUUUGGUUCUCGUCCUUGAUCGUCGUCCCCACUUUGUCCUCUGUUUGUGUCUCUUUCUCCUUGUCACCAAUCGUAAUCAAUGGAUCCUGAUAAUCCAGUCGCAGUCGAUCAACUCACAUGUAUUGUUAGUCUUUCCGACGAAAAACCGCCUUUGCAACCAGAUCUUAAUUAUUCAGCAAAUGCGCUUGAAAUGAAAGAAUCUUUGACGUAUUUCGAAUACUGCAGACUCAAAUUCGACGAGGAUUUCGGCUAUGCCAGUCCGAAUCACGUCACUUAUCAGGAUGUCACAACCAAUGUCUCUGAAAACGGACUAGAACCCAAAGAGAAACCUCGGUACAGAAUCAGUACAGCCAAUGAAGAUUUUCAACUCUGUCCAAGUUAUCCUCGUUUUUUAAUCGUUCCCGCUGAGAUAAGUGACGACGAACUCAAGAUUGUGGCCAAUUUCCGCUAUCAAUAUCGACUGCCUGUCAUCACUUGGAGAUAUUACAAAAACGGAUGUGUUAUUGCGAGAAGUAGUCAACCUUAUGUAGGCCUAUGGGGUUCACGCUCUGAUACCGAUGAGAAACUUAUUCACCUGAUUGCCACUAGUUCAAUGGUUCUGAGUAGAGCGAAACACAAACCCACGCCCAUUGAGCAAGAUGAAAAAUCAGAUGAACAAGUCAACCAAGUAAUCAAACAAGAGACUAAUGAAGACAAAAAUGAAUCCAAUCUAUCAAAGAAUGAGAUUGACCCUAUACAAAACACAUGAUGGUUGUUGAUUGUC